AUGAUUUUUAAGAUGAGUACCUACCUUGACGAUAAAUCCAAUUCAUCGAUACCUGGAUAUCUGAAAGUGCCUGCACUAAGUAAUGGCAAUCUUUCUGCAAACAACUCCAAUGAGACAGCAAGCAACCUGGAUUCACCUGCCUUGGAUAUCAGUAGGGCGAUAGUUGUGGGGUUUAUCCUAGGUGCCUUCAUACUCUUUGCUAUUAUAGGUAAUAUCUUGGUAAUUCUCUCUGUUGCUUGCAAUAGGCAUUUAAGGAUCCCUACAAACUAUUUCAUAAUUAACCUUGCAAUAGCAGAUUUGUUGCUGAGUUUUACUGUCCUUCCGUUCUCUGCUACGCUGGAAAUCCUUGGCUACUGGGUCUUGGGGAGGAUAUUCUGUGACAUCUGGGCAGCAGUUGAUGUGCUAUGCUGUACAGCUUCUAUUCUAAGCCUAUGUGCAAUUUCUAUAGAUCGAUAUAUAGGGGUACGUUAUUCUCUCCAGUAUCCAACUUUGGUAACAAGAAGAAGGGCAAUAUUAGCUCUCCUUGGUGUCUGGGUCCUUUCCAUGGUGAUUUCUAUUGGGCCUCUUUUGGGCUGGAAAGAACCAGCACCCAAAGACGAUAAAGAGUGCCGUAUCACUGAAGAACCAUUCUAUGCUUUGUUUUCAUCCUUGGGGUCAUUUUACAUACCUUUAAUCGUCAUCCUUGUGAUGUACUGUCGGGUCUACAUCGUGGCAAAAAGGACUACUAAAAACCUGGAAGCUGGGGUUAUGAAAGAAAUGUCCAACUCCAAGGAGCUGACUUUACGGAUUCAUUACAGGAACAUGCAUGAGGACACAUUAAACAGCACCAAACCCAAGGGUCACAAUCCCAGGCAUUCCUUAGCUUUCAAACUUUUUAAAUUCUCUAGAGAAAAGAAGGCAGCCAAGACGCUGGGAAUUGUGGUUGGCAUGUUUAUCUUGUGCUGGCUACCUUUCUUCAUUGUUCUGCCUCUAG